AUUUUCAGCAUGGUCACCUGUCUGCCCACCCGCCGAAGGGGGUUGUGCCUCGAUCAUCAGCCGUGAGUUGCGUGCGUGAGCCUCCUUCAUCAAAAAAAUAUUGCCCCGCCAACGCCUCGCAACGCCCCGUCCUGAGUCGGAGCUCUCCAGAGCAGAGUCCAGACAGGGCCCAGACGCCCUGACGCCGCCUGGAGCUUGCGGGCGGACGAGCGUGGUUUUGCUGGGUACCUCUGCCCAGCCCUGGGAGACGUGAGCUGUCAUGCCCAGCCAAUUGCCGUCCUUCCCUCCCCCUCCUGCGACUGACGUUGAGCUUUUAAAUCUCUGCCCACUCCCUCCUCCUCAACGCCUUUUUUUCCUGUCCCUCCUCUCCCUCUCUCCAUCCCUCAACGAAACACCACCUCCAAGCACUCCUAGGUCACUACCGUACCACUCCCCAACGACAUCUUCAGCUCACCACACACAAAAACACCAGUCAAAAUGGUCGUCAAGGUUGGCAUCAACGGAUUUGGCCGUAUCGGCCGUAUCGUCUUCCGCAAUGCCGUCGAGCACAGUGACGUCGACGUCGUUGCGGUCAACGACCCCUUCAUUGAGCCCACCUACGCUGCUUACAUGCUCAAGUACGACUCCUCCCACGGAAACUUCAAGGGCGAUGUCCAGGUCAGCGGCUCCGACCUGAUCGUCAACGGCAAGACCGUCAAGUUCUACACCGAGCGUGACCCCGCCGCCAUCCCCUGGAGCGAGACCGGCGCCACCUACGUCGUCGAGUCCACCGGUGUCUUCACCACCACCGAGAAGGCCAAGGCUCACUUGAAGGGUGGUGCCAAGAAGGUCAUCAUCUCCGCCCCCUCCGCCGAUGCCCCCAUGUACGUGAUGGGUGUCAACGAGAGCUCCUACGACGGCAGCGCCGACGUCAUCUCCAACGCCUCCUGCACCACCAACUGCCUGGCCCCCCUGGCCAAGGUCGUCAACGACAAGUUCGGCAUCAUUGAGGGUCUCAUGACCACCGUCCACUCCUACACUGCCACCCAGAAGACCGUCGACGGUCCCUCGGCCAAGGACUGGCGUGGAGGCCGUGGCGCCGCCCAGAACAUCAUCCCCUCCUCCACCGGUGCCGCCAAGGCCGUCGGCAAGGUCAUCCCCUCGCUCAACGGCAAGCUCACUGGCAUGUCCAUGCGUGUGCCCACCGCCAACGUCUCCGUUGUCGACUUGACCGUCCGUAUCGAGAAGGCUGCUUCCUACGACGAGAUCAAGCAGGCCAUCAAGGAGGCCUCUGAGGGUCCCCUCAAGGGAUUCCUCGCCUACACUGAGGACGACGUUGUCUCCUCUGACAUGAACGGCAACCCUGCCUCUUCCAUCUUCGAUGCCAAGGCUGGUAUCUCCCUCAACAACAACUUCGUCAAGCUGGUCUCCUGGUACGACAACGAGUGGGGCUACUCCCGCCGUGUCCUGGACCUCAUCGUCCACGUCGCCAAGGUUGACGGCUCCAAGUAAAUUGGCCAGCCCCUCAGCCCCGUCGAAGUUGGUGUGAAAUAAGGGUCGACCACAUGCAGGAUACGGCCAGGAAUUCGCAACAAGACACAAGUGGCUCCGCACCGGAACGUGCAGGAUGCUCACAAACCAGAACCAACAAAAAGGCCUGAUAUGAUUUGGAAGCAAUAAAAGUCGGUAACGUCCAACGGCUGCUGCGGUCAUUGGAAGGGUAAUGGGGACGGUCCAUUAGACAAGUAGUAGUGGUUUGGUAGCUACGCAACUGUAGAAAAUGAAAAGCCAAAAAAAUAUGAUC